AUGGCUGACCUACGAUCGACCACUAUCAGCGUCAACCUGACUCUGAUUGUGUUGACUUCCCUUGCAAUCAGCUGCCGUAUCGGGAGGAAAAUACGGAUACUGAGCAGUUUCGGCUGGCAUGAUGCACUCGCUACCUUUGCGGCGUCUGCCGCUAUUAUCCUGUCCAUCAUUCAGAUGUACGCCACACGUCUCGGAGCUGGUCUACACGAGAAAGAUAUUGACCCAAACAACAUGGAGCUACUACUCAAGUUGGUCAUGGCAGCCCUACUCUUUUACUUCUCCGUCAACUGGGCCGUGAAGCACUCACUGCUCUUCUUCUACGCCGAACUCACUUUCGAACCCUGGGCCCGUCGAUGGAUCUACGUCAUGCACGUAAUCGCCUUCUCCUUCGGUUUCACCUGCGUCGUCACAAGCAUCUUCCAAUGCAUCCCCGUCGCGAAAUGGUGGGACCCAACCAUUGAUGGAUACUGCAUCAACCUGAACAACUUCAGCUACUUCAACUCUAUUUUCAUGUUAGCCUGCGAUCUCGUGCUCUACAUCAUGCCAGUCAUCUUCACCUGGAACCUCAAGCUACGUCGUCACCAUCGAAUCGCCGUCAAUAUCCUUUUCGCGAUGGGAGGCUUGGUCCUGGCCGCAAGUGCCACACGUGUCUAUUUCGUACACCAGCUCGCCACCAAAGCAGACUUCCCCUUCCAAUACGCCGCGUCCAUGAUCUGCGCCGUCAUCGAGAACCACCUCGCCGUCAUCGUCGCCUGCGCCCCUAGCAUCAAAGCAGUCCUGAUCCGAUACUACCCCAGCCUGCAAAGCAAAUUCGAGAGAAUCAUCUCGGACGAGGGCUCAAGGGGCAAAGGCUACAGGACUGGGAGUAGUGAUCGCGUUACCUACGACCCGGAGGCUGGAAGCGCUGGCUCCAACGACGUCAAGUUGCAGAUUGUCAAGACUCAGGAUGUCAAGGUUGAGAGGCCUGAGAGGCCCGAGAGGCCAGAUGCGAACAGGAUGAUUACGAGCAAUAGCGCGAAGAGUGAGAAUAGUUUGCUCGGGCGCUGGUGGCGGGCGCCCAACAAUUGGAAUGUUGGUGUUGAGAGUAAUGCGAAGUAA